GAGCGGCGAGGAGAGUCCGUACCGCGCAGACCUCCGGCUGGCACGGUGCCCCCCCCUUCCCAGCAUCGCCGCGCUUUGUGAGGCUUGGCGUCCCGGUGAUUUUAUUUGAUUUGUUCAUUCGUUUUUUCUAAUAAGCCCUCCCGGACCCGUAUGGACCCCCGGCUCAGCAUCCCGCGGCGCCCGGUCUGGCGGGGCUGCUGGGCGGCCCUUUAAACAGGUGCGCAGAGGGGGAGAGGAUGGGCAGACGGGAAGCCCGCGGAGACCCCGGCGUCAUGAACCCCGCCGACCGGACCGAGCUGGGCUGCCUGCAGGACGGAGCGUCCACCGGCCACGACGCCGGCCGGGACACUGGGACCCGCAGCCCGGACAGGGGCCACGCGGCCCCCGGGGAGGUGAAGAAGCACCAGCACAAGCACAACUUGAAGCACCGCUACGAGCUGAUGGAGACUCUGGGCAAAGGCACGUACGGCAAGGUGAAGAGGGCCGUGGAGAGAGCCAGCCAAAACACGGUGGCGAUAAAAUCCAUCCGCAAGGAACGCAUCACCGAUGACCUGGACAGAGUUCACAUCCAGAGGGAGAUAGAGAUCACCUCCUCCCUCAGGCACCCCAACAUCAUACGUUUCCAUGAGGUGUUUGAGAGCCGGGAUAAGAUUGUGAUAGUGAUGGAGUACGCCAGCAGAGGCGAGCUGUAUGACUACGUCCAUGAGAGGAGGAGACUGCCGGAGACCGAGGCCAGAGACAUCUUCAGACAAAUCACCUCCGCUGUCCACUACUGCCACAAGAAUGGCGUUAUCCACCGAGACCUCAAGCUGGAGAACAUCCUUCUGGACCAAGACCUGCAAGUCAAGCUGGCGGACUUCGGCCUAUCCAACCACUUCCAGAAGGGUCACUUGCUGCAGACUUACUGUGGAAGUCCGCUGUAUGCAUCACCAGAGAUAGUGAAAGGGCUGCCCUACCAGGGCCCCGAGGUGGACUGCUGGGCACUGGGGGUGCUGCUGUAUACACUGGUGUAUGGCAGCAUGCCAUUUGAUGGUACCAGUCAUGCUACGCUCACAGAGCAGAUAAGCCAAGGACGCUACCGCAGACCCCAGACCUCCUCAGACGCCUGUGCUCUUAUCGACUGGCUCUUGACGGUGCGUGUGGAUGAGAGGGCGACGGUGGAGGAUGUGGCUAAUCACUGGUGGGUGAACUGGGGCUAUGAAGAGGGUGUGUGUGACUGCCCCUCCUCCCCAAACCCAGACUGUCCCUCCCCACUGCUGGCCCGCUACAUCGACUGGCAGAAUCGGGUCACCGCCACCAGCGGCAUGGCCGUUGAUCCUACGGGCCUGUCCUCUGACUCCUCACACCCAUCUCAGGCCUCCCCUCACCCCUUCUACUUCAGCUUCCCUCUGAAGGGCGACCGUGGAGGCGGGGGAGGGAGGGUCCGCGGAGGAGCGUCAAGCCUCAGGAAGUCACGCAAGGAGAACACUAUUCCCCAGACCUCUCUGGGCACGUGCGCGGCUGUUUGCACCACAGUUCCCACUGUCGCCGUCGCUUGCGCCUCCUCCACCGUGGAGCGGAAGAAGCCGAAGGGCAUUCUGAAACAUCAGAGGAGUUUUGACUCGGCCUUCCUCAACCCCUCCAAAGAAAACUCUCCCGCCCAGCCCUGCAACGCUGCUGCCCAACCAUAUCAACCACACGCCCUCAGCCACGCUCAAAGUGAAGUCCUGCCCACGAGCCUGCCGCCGCACUCCACGUUCAGCCAGCCGUCAUCCAAGAUGCCCAAAAAGGGUAUCCUGAAGAACCUGUAUGGAGGAGAGUCAGGCUAUGCCUCAUCCCCAGAGAGGAGGGGUUCUGAGGUCGGUGCAGGUCUGGGAGGAAGAGUCGACGAUAGUCUGGGGGAUUUGCGCUCCUGUCAGCCACACGCCUGUUCAUCCAGUACAGAUGACAGCCCCACCAUGCGGACAGAGGCGGUAAGGCGAAGGAAGGGCAUUUUAAAACGUAACGGCAAGUUCUCUCGCAGCCUGGAGCUCCCUGACGACCAUCACUCGACGUCCUCCUCUGCCCCUGUGAUUUUUCCAGAGGCUCUGCAGCACCUCCUCCAGACCACAGGGGGCAGCAGUGGCACCGAGGGGAGCUUGAGUCGACCGCCUAGCGUGGUGAGCGAGGAUAGCCUCUUCUCCUGCGAUUCCUUUGACCUGCUGGACCUCAGUAGCCAAUCACGUCGCAGGAUUUUCUCCCGGGGGAUGCGGCGGAGCACCUGCAGCUCCGAGGAGGAGCUGGAGGAGCUGGGAGUCGAGGUAGGCAGGGUCAGGUCGAGCAGAGGUCAGCGGCGGGGAGAAGACGGAGAGGCGAGGAUGGAGACGCUAAGAUGAGCCCAAGGAACCGGGGAAUAAAAUGAAAUAAGGGUCCCGAAUGACAGUGCACCCAGACGCUUUUCUGUGUUUGUCGACUGACCUUCAUCUGGGAAAUGAGGCUUUUGUUUUACUGACAGUUCAAGGUCCCUCAGGCCAAGGUCCCAUGUCAAGCCUUCGGACAAAACUGAGCACGCCACUGAAAGCAUCAAUUUCAGGACGUUUUAUCAGUCCUGACACAAAUUUGUUUUGUGACACUUUUAAGCAUGAGACUACACAGAUGGCAGAGAACUCGGUUGAAAGCUGAGGGACUUCCAGGAUCUUCUGGAGUAUAACUGUGUGACUGCCUAAAGGGGAGCAGACGGUGUAUCUAAUGAAAGAACUGUUCUGUUGAGGCCUCUUGGGCUUUACUUGUACAUUAAACCCCCUGUUUCUGGGUUAUGACAGAGAUGUACAGAUCAGACAAGGGGAACUGAAUCUGCAAAGUGUAAUCUGAAAAAGUUAUCUGAUGUACUUGUUGG